AGCCAGUCUUCUCCGAGACCAAAGAGCAUAUAAUCACUAAGUGUCCGAGACCACGGGGACAACGCCGUCCUCGAAACGUCGGAGGUAAAUUUAAAACUUCGCUUAUUAAACGCGAUUAAGUCCCGUUAGUAUUAAUUAUACUUUAUUAUUUUUCCUUUUUGACCGCCGCCUACUCUAUGGUUGCAUGGCUGUCGAUAAUGUCACAUGUCUCAUGAAAAAAUGUGAAGUGCACUAAAGAAAACGUUUAUUUAAAAUAAGUUCUAGUUCUAGUUUCUAGUAUCUCUUCUUUCGGAUCCAUUUUCAUCAAAAACUACAUUACCCAUUAAUAUUCUUAAUCAAAGAGGAGAUUGCGAUAUCCUACCGUCGGGAUUGUGAAAUCGUGCUCGCCUGGAUUCCUAGUCAUUCAGAUACUAUUUACAAGGACAGUGAUGAGAAUGAUGAAGAUGACAAUAUGGAAGUAGUGGAGCUUGAUGAUUCUAGAUAUAGUACAAGUUUCCAUGUUUCUAAACAUUACCUUGGUUCAAUAAUUGGGAGGAAAGGAUAUACAAAAAGCAGAAUUGAACAUGAGACUAAGACAGAAAUCAAAAUACCAAGACAAGGCAAAGAUGGAGAUAUCACUAUUCUUGGACCUAGCGCUACUAGUGUGAAGACUGCCAGACGGCGAAUUAAUAUGAUAGUGUUGUCAUCCCGAAUGAAACAGAAGCCUACUCAUUUCAUAUCAAUACCCAUGAAUAAGCCUGAUAUUGUUAACAGCUUUAUACAAUUUAAGGAACUUGUUCUCCGCGAGUGCCAAAGUCGCGGGAUAGAAGAGUCCAUCUUUAUCCAGCCUAACAAAGUUCAUUUAACAAUGGGAGUUAUGUGCUUGAUGGACAGUGAGGAGAGGACUUUUGCUUCCAAAGUUCUCACGGAUGCCAAGGAGAAAGUUGUGAUGCCACUUCUUCAAGGACACUUGCCUCUAAAAAUUAGAGUAAAAGGUUUGUCCUAUAUGAAUGAUGACCCUAAAGACAUUAAUGUUCUCUACGCUAAUGUUGAGGAAUUCGACUCUACGUCUGAUGUCCUCCAACAGUUAGCUAAUGAAGUGGUAGCUUACUUCAGCCGAGAAGGUUUAAUGAAGAAAGAAGACUGGGAUCCAGUUAAUGUCAAACUACACGUAACAUUGCUCAAUUCAAAGUACAGAAAUGACCUCGGUUCUUCAAGAAGAGAAUCCUUCGAUGGGUCGGAGAUACUUAGGAAAUUCGGUGAUUACGAAUUUGGUGUUAUGGAGUUGAGUGAAAUUCAUCUAUCGCAACGACAUGCUCUCGGACCCGAUGGAUAUUAUCAGCCCACAUUUAUUACAUCUAUUCCAUAGUUUUAUAAGGUUUUAUGUAACUAAUAAACGAGUUUGUAAAUA